GCCAUAAUAUUUUAAAACGAAUGAAACUCUACACUUCUACCGUACUGUACGAAAAGGAAAGCGAAUUCAGUGUACCAAGGAGCUAAGGAAUUUUAAAGCCGAACUAGAAUAUAAACCCCUUCUUCAAUGGCAAAUAUUAAGAUCUAUUUACAAAAUAUUGGUUUAACCUCGGUGCUUGUAUGGGCUGCCUCCACUGUGCAGUGGGUGUACGCUGCUGAUGUAAGGAAUGGGCGCUUUGCCUAGGGGUUCGUUCGUGUGCCCGAAGGUACAACUUUUUCCACCGAAAGUCGCGUGCCGCGGGUCCAUUCAAUUUGUGGCCAAAAAUGGGAAUGAAAUAGUUGAACCAUCGCCCCUUCCUGCGCUACCACGUUCCACGUUGCAAAAAAAAAAAACGGAUUGACUGGGUGGUGCGGGUGGACGACUUCCUAGAUGUAGACCUUAAUGCGCGUUCUGCCUUCCAUACAAACUUCCAUUAUAGUUAUUAAUACCAUUAGUAGUGAGCUGUCUGCCCUCCUACAGCGUGGACUCUCUCCUUCUCUCUCUCUCUCUCUCUCUCUCUCUCUCUCGUUUGUUGGAACCAAAUUUUAAGCCACGUGCCACGUACGUUCUGCCCCCGGCCCGGUCGGUUGCGCUGCCGAAUGAUUGAUUGUAAGUUCAAAGUCAACCACAUGCGCGCCAGUGUGUGUCUGUGUAUCUGUGGUUAGGCACUGAGUAUGACAACUAAUAACCUGCCUGCGACAGAAUAUUGGACAUGGGAGGCCCCAGGAGGGGUUUAGUAUUUGCAGACAUUCUUUCGUUUCUUUUUUCCUGGAGCGCGAAUGAAAGAAACACAACAAAAUACAUCAACAAAAACCUCCCGCACACUUUCAUUACUUCCCAUCUAUUAAGCGAUUCCACCCCAAGGUUAUUGGUGGAGGCUUUCGGCUGUUGUUGUUGUUGCCGUGUUAUAUGUGCUUACACUAAUGUUGCUGCGGUACGCCCAGUAAGCCGCAUUAUAUCGUCAAGUUCGCUCGCUCCAAUCCCUCAGGGCUCAAUCCAAUCAUCGACCCAAUUUUCGCACUUCUGCAACAUUUCAAAAAAAACCCCGUCCUCAUCGCUCCCGCUCGUCCCCUGUCAGCUCGUUGGUGGUAAUAAGGGCAAUACAUCUAGAUUUACCCUCUACGUGUGUGUGUGUGUGUGUGUGUGUGUGUGUGUGUGUGUGUGCGUGUGUGUAUGGGAAUUGUUUGAAGUGCGAAAGGAUUUACCCCUGGAGAAGAAUUGUGGAGCAGUGGUUCCUUCCUCAGUUAGUGGAGUUAAUGCCUAACCAUACCUUUACAGACCGUUACAUCAAGGAUAUUGCCAGAGCUUUGUUGCUUCUCUCUCUCUCUCUCUCUCUCUCUCUCUCUCUCUCUCUCUUUCUCUCUCUCUUCCGAUUUGUUGUGUUAUUUUCAGAAUGCAACAUAAGAACUAUCGCAACCCGAAAGGACGAAACCAUUACUGGCAAACCCUGCCAAUGUUUGCGGAAACAUGCAGGAACAAACUUUGGCAAAACUUGCAUCACGUCACCCACCCACUACCUACAUCCUUCUUCCCAUCCUUCGCUAGAACAAGUCAGGCCGAGCAGGCAACCCUCCCUGGGGCUGUAAGUAACGCGGCCGCCGGCUCAGUUCUUGGCGGGACGAGUUCGAGUGAGUGCGCCUGGUUCGUCGGCCUUGCGAACAGUACGGCAUGAGCGACCCGUUGGGCAACACCGGUCAAUCGACGGUCCGGCUGAGCUACGAGCAGCUGCGGGAUACGCUCGGCCGCUUCGCCUACUUCCGGCACUGGACCGAAGAUCAGAUCCGUGAGUGCAGCGUCCUCGCCCGGGUGGUACAGUACGCACCGCAGCAGACGAUACCGCUCGAGCUGCCGCUCCCGUUCGCCUACCUCGUGCUGAGCGGCCAGUGCAUGAUGCUCCAGUGUUUGCCGCUGGUGCGCGGUACGCUUCGUCUGGCCAGUCCGGCGGGCGACCGGGACCAACUCACACCGCCACCCGCCAUAGGCCCUCCGGCACCAGACGAGCAGCUCGAGACGGUGCGCCAUCUGCACGAAACGUUUACGGCGGGUGCGGCCACCAGCCCACCGGCCGGAACGCUUCGCCACGAUCCAGCCAAUGCGACCUGCUUUCUUACGACACCUACCCAGGACGCACCGAUCGUGCAUCAGUUUGUGGACGUCGGGACGCUGCGGUGCGGGGCCGUGUUUGGGCUGGGCGAGCGGCACCAGCAACGCACGAUCGUGGCCCGCACCCGCACCCAGUGUCUGCUGCUGCCCCGCUGCUGGCUCUUCCUGAAGCGCCAGAACGUGGGCAACACGUGGCAGCGGUUGCGCCUCUACCUCGACGGCGCGAUACCGGGGCGGGACGAGCUGUACCGGCGGUACCUGCGCGACCAGGCCUGGCUCGACUAUCGGCGGCGGCUGCUCGCCGGCGGCACGGCCAAACGGUGCACCGGCACGACGCCGGCGGACGUACCGAUGAUGUGCCGAAUGCUGGAGCCAGUCUGCAAAGGGAAACGAUACUAAGCAGUUUUUUGGGAACGGAAUAAAAAACCAGGACACCGAAACCGACGACCGCGAGCUCAUGUUACUUGCUCCGCGUGCACAGAUUUCACCCUUUACACGCCCAGCAGAAAGUGGCUAAAGUUUUGCACCCGCGCCAGCGAUCCUGUCUGCCGCAGGCCUCAGCAACAGCAGCAGCAGCAGCAGCAAAAAAAGGGAGAAGCAACUCAAAGUUUCGCAGGCCCGUUUGUCGGGUUGUCGCGAAAGUUUGCUGUUGCGGAGUUUUGUGGGGAUGAGCGUAACAAUAAAUUAUGCAUAAAUUGUGUCCACACUUUA